CACGAAUGAGGUAAGGCAUUGCAAAAGCCACUCUUGCUCCUUGCUGUGCUGCGGUGUGGCUGUGCUGCGGGACACGCGGGCUCAGCUCGCAGUCGAAACUCCAAUCAGGGACGCUCCGUUUGGUGACGUCAGCAUCAUGGAGUUGAAUGACUUCGAGGCUGCUGGCGGCGGCGGCGGCAGGGGAUAGGCCGCCAGCAGCCCCGCGAGGAUGUGGUUGAGCUGCUGGUUGGUGAAGUCAUAGUUGUUGGGCACCUGACCCCCGCUCGCUGAAAGCCCGAAGAGGGCACUCUGGAGACCGAUGCAGCCACGAGGGUGGGUGUAGAGGUACCAGAUGCGCUGCACGGCUUGCGUGAAUUGGGCCCUGGCGCAUCACACACACACACACACACACACACACACGGAGGGGAGGGAUUCACAGUUCGCAUUAGUGUGUCCGUCCGUCUUUUCUUCGCCCUUUUGUCGGCCUCACGGAUGGCGGCAGGCGUUGAUGAUUGUGUGUAUCAAGGCCUUGUAGGCGGCGGGCCAGGCGUCGCCGCUGCUGGACGGUCAGCCCGCGAUCGUACAGGUGAAGGCCGCCGUCCGCGCGUUGUUCAGGAGGAACACGCUGCUGUGGACGACCGGUUGGGGAUGAGGAUGUCGGGACCAUUCACCAUGCGGAUCCACAGGCUGCCGGCAGCCCGGCGGCGCAUGAGCUCCCCGACUGCGUUGCGCAUGGGUUGGCGGGGCUGCGCAGUCAUGAGCAGGCGGGCCAGCGGGACCGCCACGCAGCAAAACCAGAUAUACAACCGCACCCGGACUGAUGGACAAACAAACAAACAAACCAACCAACAAGCAGCAGCAGGAAGAAUGACACGUUCAUUUGUUUGUUUGUGGGUGAGUGACGAAGGUUUCCUCACUCUCUGGGCACGGCUGUGGUAUCCAGACCUGCUCACAUACAAUUCACAACACGACACCCACACGCUGUGAUGUGUUGGUGACAUAUUGGUUGAGCCAAAAGAAUUACGUGGCAUACUGAAUUGACAAAUACCCACUCGUAGCUGAGAAGAGAGAGAACACACCAAUGCGCCGGUUGUCUUACUUCCAGUCUGCGGUUUCUCCUAUCUGGUUGCCGUUCUGCUGGAGAUACUGCACGACGAAUGGCAGGUAGUGCCACAGAUUUAUCGUCACUUGCUGCGAACAAGCACAGACACAUUCACACACGCGAAUGUCAGUGCAUCUUCAUGCAUGCAACGCAUGAUGAGUGCAGUGACAUCUGCCUCUCACCGUAUUCGUGCAGUACAUGGGCGUAUAUCUCUCGGUGGUCGGGAAAUACAAUCCCCGCCACCGACCACACUCCCGCCACCAGAAUCGGCAGCAUGUGGGGGUGGCGGCCGUCGUGCACUGGAUCUUCUCCAUCAGGAAGACGAAGACGUAUUGGGGUGGCCUCGGCUGCGGGCGGCCUCCUUCGUCCGGUGCUCUUUUGUGGGA